AUGGACCGUAAUAUAAUAGGGCACAUACCCGACUUGUCUUUUGAGGGAGAUGAUGAAUACCAAGAACGAGAAAGAGACCAAAGACUUCAGGAUGGAGAUGAUUUACCAACUAAUAGACUUCAUGUCUCUGCAACGUCAACUGAAAUGGAUACAUUACGUUUUGUUCAUAGAUGGGUUGUGAAGCAAUUUCCAGUUUACCAAGAAUUAUACAAUACAGGAGACUUUUUAGAGUCAAAUUGUUUUGGUAGUUCUGAUGGUAACUACAAAUUUCGUCUAAAAUUAUUUCCAAAAGGAAAAGAUGAUGAUUGUCAUAGUUUUUUAUCUUUAUAUUUGACAAUUAGAAAUUGUCCAACAAAUAGGAUAAAAUUUAAAGUGAAUUUCUAUGUUGAGACAACAGAAGGAACAAAAGCAUGUAGUUUAAAUAGAAAUAUGGUUACUAUUCACAAAGGUGGGAUUGUUACAGCGUCUAAAUUUUAUGCUCUUGAAGAGAUAAGAGAUAAACCAUCUUUAUUUCUACCUGAUGAAGCAUUAACAAUUUGUGCCGAGUUACUUGUUUUUAAAGAUCCAACAUCUAGACGUGUUGGUAUGGACCAGUUAGGUGAAGCUUUUGCUGAUGAUUUAGUUGAUGCAGAUAAUAUAGAUUUCCCAAUGCGUUUUGAUAGUAUUAGUUAUCCAGUUAAUUUUCCAACUCCACUUUCAACCAAGCUUAAAUUGUUAGGAAGCCAGGAGGAAACUGAUGUGAGAUUAAGUAUGACACAAACAAUUCUUCAAGACAAAUUAGAUGUCUGUAAAGAUGUGGGGAAACUUUUUAUGAAUGACGAAUUGACAGAUUUUACCAUCAUUUGUAAUGGAGUUUCUUUCAGAGUUCAUAAAGCUAUUCUAUCAGCGAGAUGUACCUAUUUUGCUACUAUGUUUUCAGAUGAAACAAAUAUGGAAUGUAAGUCGGGUGAAGUCACAUUUGAAGAUUUUGACAAUGAAAUUAUGAAAGCUGUAUUAAGAUUUAUUUAUACAGGAGAAGUACUUGAAGAAUCUAAAUCAAUAGAAAUGUUAGGAGCAGCUGAUCGUUUACAAUUAGAUUCAUUGAAAACAUUCAUAGAAAAGUGUCUAGUUAGUGAAGUGAAUCAAUCAACAGUUUGUAAUCUCCUUCUUCAUGCUGACAUCUAUAAUGCAGAACGUCUAAGAAAACGAUGUAUAAAUUGUAUAGGUAGAUACCAAUCUAAAAUUCUUCAAUCAGAGGAUUGGGAUGAGAUUGAAAAAAAAAAUCCAACAUUAGCGUCACAAACGUUGAAAGCUGUUGUUAUGAGGAAUCAUCGUACACAAGCAACAGUCCGUGCAGCUCCAAUGGAAAAUAAUGUAAUCCAAAAUAAGAGACCUCGUUUCUCAUAA